AUGUACACGGCGAUUCGGUCGCUUCCGGUGGAUGGAAGUAUGGGAGAGUACUCUGACGGAACUAAUCUUCCCAUCGACGCCUGUUUGGUUCUAACCACUGACCCUAAGCCCCGUCUUCGUUGGACCACCGAACUCCAUGAUAGAUUCAUUGACGCCGUCACUCAGCUCGGCGGUCCCGACAAAGCGACGCCGAAAACUAUAAUGAGAACUAUGGGAGUGAAGGGUCUCACUCUCUACCACUUGAAAUCUCAUCUUCAGAAAUUCCGCCUAGGGAGACAACCCUGCAAAGAAUCAACUGACAACUCUAAAGAUGUUUCUUCUGUUGCGGAGAGUCAGGACACAGGUUCAUCUUCAACAUCAUCAUUGAGAUUGGCUGCGCAGGAACAGAAUGAGAGUUACCAGGUCACUGAAGCUUUGCGUGCCCAAAUGGAAGUCCAAAGAAGACUACAUGAGCAACUAGAGGUGCAACGGCGGCUCCAGCUAAGGAUCGAGGCACAAGGAAAGUACUUACAAUCUAUCCUAGAGAAAGCUUGCAAGGCUAUAGAGGAGCAAACUGCUGCAUUUGCUGGGCUAGAGGCAGCUAGAGAAGAGCUUUCAGAGCUAGCCAUAAAAGUCUCCAAUGGUUGCCAAGGAACAACAAGCACAUUUGACACAACCAAAAUGACAAUUCCGUCUUUAUCCGAGCUUGCAGUAGCAAUAGAGCACAAGAACAACUGUUCAGCAGAGAGCUCUCUGACUUCAAGCACAGUGGGAAGCCCGGUUUCAGCUGCGAUGAUGAAGAAGAGGCAUCGAGGAGUAUUUGGAAACGGGGAUAGCGCGGUUGUGGGUCAUGAAGCUGGGUGGGUGGGUUAUGCCUAG